AUGGAACUAGGAGGGGCUUUCACUAUCUUUCUGGCACUCUCCUUGUCGUGCCUCAUCAUCCUCAUUGCCUGGAAACGAGUCAGCAAGGGAGGGAAGCUGCCCCCAGGCCCCACACCGCUGCCCUUCCUGGGAAACCUGCUGCAAGUCCGCACUGAUGCCACCUAUCAGUCUUUCAUGAAGCUCAAGGAGAAAUAUGGCCCUGUGUUCACUGUGUACAUGGGCCCCAGGCCAGUAGUUGUUUUGUGUGGACAUGAAGCAGUGAAGGAGGCCUUGGUAGACCAAGCAGAUGAUUUCAGCGGUCGUGGAGAACUGGCUUCCAUAGAUCGAAACUUCCAAGGUCAUGGUGUAGCUCUGGCCAAUGGAGACCGAUGGAGGAUCCUCCGCCGCUUCUCCCUGACCAUCCUCCGGGACUUUGGGAUGGGAAAGCGAAGCAUUGAGGAGCGGAUCCAGGAGGAGGCUGGCUACCUACUGGAGGAAUUAAGGAAGACCAACGGUGCCCCCUUCGAGCCCACCUUCUUCCUGAGCCGCACUGUCUCCAACGUCAUCAGUUCUGUCGUUUUUGGAAGCCGCUUCGACUAUGAGGACAAGCAAUUCCUGAAACUGCUGAAGCUGAUCAAUGAGAGUUUCAUCGAGAUGAGCACACCCUGGGCACAGGUGCCCAUCAGCCACCUCUCUGCCCACCCUACCCCAAAUCUCAAUUACCUAAAUCUGAUCGAGGAGCUCAAGGAUUUCGUCGCCUCCAGGGUCAAGAUCAACGAAGCAUCUUUUGACCCCUCACAUCCACGGGAUUUCAUCGACUGCUUCCUCAUCAAGAUGCACCAGGAUAAAAAUAACCCCCACACAGAAUUCAACCUCAAGAACUUGGUCCUCACCACCCUCAAUCUCUUCUUUGCUGGCACGGAGACAGUGAGCUCUACACUCCGCUAUGGAAUGCUGCUGCUCAUGAAGUAUCCUGAGGUAGAAGCCAAGAUCCAUGAAGAGAUUAACCAGGUGAUUGGACCUCACCGGAUCCCAAGUGUGGAUGACAGGGUCAAGAUGCCCUACACGGAUGCUGUGAUCCAUGAGAUACAGAGACUGACAGACAUUGUGCCUAUGGGCGUCCCCCACAAUGUCAUCCGGGACACUCAUUUCCGAGGCUUCCUUCUGCCCAAGGGCACUGAUGUGUUUCCCCUGAUUGGUUCCGUCCUCAAAGAUCCCAAAUACUUCCGCUAUCCAGAUGCCUUCUAUCCACAACACUUCCUGGAUGAGCAGGGUCGUUUCAAGAAGAAUGAAGCCUUUGUGCCUUUUUCCUCUGGAAAGCGCAUUUGUCUGGGCGAGGCCAUGGCCCGUAUGGAACUCUUUCUCUACUUUACCUCCAUCCUUCAGAACUUCUCCCUGCGUUCGCUAGUGCCACCAGCCGACAUCGACAUCACCCCCAAAAUCUCUGGAUUUGGCAACAUUCCCCCUACUUAUGAGCUCUGCCUCAUGGCCCACUGA